AAAGUGAACGGAAUAGCUUACCCCUAAAAAGCAACCGCCACGUCAACAGUAUGACCGAACGUUUAAAUCCACACACUUUUCCCGUUUUUAAAAACCUCCAAACAAAUAACUCUUCCGUUUUUCACUCAUUUUUCUUGGUUUCUCUCUUCACACUCCACUACUCCUCCGCCAUUUUCCCCACAAAUGUCGUCGUCUCCGGCGAAACUCAUCGGCGAUACAAGGAAAAUACUCGGACCGGGAGGGAACCGGGUCAGAGAUUCACAAAACCAGAAGAUGAAGAAGAAGGAAGCUAUGAAGAAGCCUAAGAAACCAACAGCUUCAUCACUUACACCAAAUACAAUUUUGCCUGUACGGAAAAAUAGUUCAGUUGAUAGCUCCUCAUCUUCAUCAGAUUCGUCAAUAGCAAAAGUUCUGAAUUCAAAGAGUAAAUCUUCAUCGGAUUCGUCAAUAGCAAAAGCUCUGAAGUGUAAAGGUUCAGUUGAUAGCUCAUCAGAUUUUUCAAUAGCAAAAGGUCUGAAUUCAAAGAGUAAAGGUGUGAAAAAAACAGCUAAAGUUGUUCCUCAAGGAAUUGUAGUUGAUGCAGCUGAAACUUUGUCUUCGGUGGUUCAAGUUCCGGUUCCGAUCAAACGUUGCGACUGGAUAACGCCCAACUCGGAACCUCUGUAUAUUUCAUUCCAUGACGAAGAAUGGGGAAACCCAGUUUACGAUGACACAAAGCUGUAUGAACUACUUUCCCUGUCACAAGUAUUGGCAGAAAUGACGUGGCCUGCAAUCCUUAAUAAGAGACACAUAUUCAGGAAGUUGUUUGACAACUUUGAUCCAUCAUCUCUUGCAAAUGUUAAUGAAAAAAGGUUGCGCUCAUUAAGAGAAAUUGGAAAUUCAUUGCUAUCUGAACCAAAGAUUCGUGCAAUAGUAGAGAAUGCAAAGCAUUUCCAGAAGAUUCAGCAGGAGUUUGGAUCCUUCAGUAACUACUGCUGGCGUUUUGUAAAUCACAAACCACUUAAAAGUGGAUUUCGCUAUGCACGUCAAGUACCGGCUAAAACACCAAAAUCAGAACUUAUGAGCAAGGACCUGAUGAAAAGGGGCUUCGUUUGCGUAGGACCAACAGUUGUGUAUUCAUUCAUGCAAGUGGCAGGUAUAUCUAACGAUCAUCUCAUUACAUGCUUCAGAUACUACGAAUGUAGCAACAAUAAUAUCAACGAGUAUUCACUAAUGAAGUUAGUAAAGACGGAUACACAAGGCCGGGACCCUGUUGAGAACAACACACGAGUCAUGACCAUUUGAGUUUGACAUAGCUGAUUUUCUCUGUGGAUGUGUAUUAAUAUAGUCUUGACAUACUUUUAACCAGCAGGAUUCUAAUUUACAAGAGUGUUACUUUGAUUAAUAGUUUUUUUCAGCUUUUCCAUGUGUGUAUUUAGUAACUUCCUAACCUUUGUAUUUUUCAUGUAUGAAGAGAUUGAAGCUUGUACUUGUAUCUAUAUACUAUGGUGUCUGCUAAUUUCUAAUAUUUGAUGAUUCUGGUUG